AUGUCUGGUUUCAACAAUGCUCUCUACAAGUUGAAGACAACACAUAAGUGGCUACAAACUUCUCACAUUGCCCAUCUGAAGAGACAACUUGGAUAUGCCAUAAAACAGAACAAAGGCGAUGUCGAAGGCGUUCGUGCUGCCAUCAUGAACAUUGAGAAUCACAGCUUCGGAGAGCAUGAAGAAUGCAGUGACCGGUGCAAAGCCAAAGAAGACCCUGACAACUAUGUUUACAAGGGUCUUCCGAGGCAGAAGAAAUUCAGUGAGACUGAUCAACCUGGAUGGCGUGCUGCUCUUCAUGUUCUUCUGUCUGGACAAGCAGCGAUGGCCCACACACUGGCUCCUUGUGGUUCAACUCAACAAAAUGAGAGUUUUAAUCACAUGUGUGUUACUCGUGCUCCCAAAUCAAGACACUAUUGUGGCACGGAAGCAAACUUUUUCCGUGUCUCAGCUGCUGUGUGUGAGAAGAACUUGGGAUCGACGUACGCUGAGGCUGUCUUCCAGAAAGCAACAUUGUCGCCCUCUGUAUUCAGAACUAGAGAGAAACUUCAACACCGUAAAAUGGUCAAAGCUCUUUCCCAAGCCAGGCCUGACAUCAAGGCAAGACGUCUCCAUAACAAAAUGAAGAAUAGUUGGAAAGCAACAAACAAUAAUGAAGGCCUGACAUACGAGAGUGGCAUGGGCAAUGUUAUGGAACGUGCUUCUGCAGCGGUUUCUGUCGGCAGUGCCUGGUUGCCUGAUGCUCUCCAACCGACUGAAAGUUGUGUCCCAGUCAUCAUCGAUUUGGAAACAACUGGUUUUCAAGCUGCUGAUGAAAUUGUUCAAAUUGCCGUCAAGUGUGGAAGCAUGGAGAAGUCCUGGUAUAUGAUCCCCAAAAAGAACUUUCAUGUGAAAGCAGCAGAGGUGACUGGUCUCAAAAUGACAGCCGGGAAGCUUUAUCACCAUGGCGUCUGUGUUUCCACAACUCCUCCGAAAGAAAUUGUGAACCAGCUGUUACAUUUUCUGCAGCAGUGUGGCGACUCUGUCUUCUUGGUUGGGCACAAUAUCAUCCGCUUUGAUGCCCCAAGAUUAAUAAAGUUUCUCAAAGAGCACGGUGAAGUAAAAGCUUUUGCUGAGUGUGUUGCCGGGUUUUCUGAUACAAUGCCUCUCUUGAAGCAAGGCAAAGUGUGCAAGCAGUCAGCAUUAGCGGAAACCUACCUCACUGGUCCAUACUGGGAGGAGUUGCAUAAGUCAGCUCACAAUGCUGUUACUGACUGCUCCGUGCUCGAUAGACUUCUGAAUCAGUCAUCCAUCAAAGUAUCUCCAACCCGUGUCCGAGAAAAUAUGGUGACCUUCAGAGACUUCUUGAAGCGUCAAGCUGAACUCAAAAGGAGAAAAGCUAUUAUGCCUUCUCUUGAGGCUCUUUUUUCUGUCGGAGUCAGCAAGGCUAUGGUUGGAAAAAUGGCUGCAGCAGGUGUCACCAUAGAAGAGCUGAAGAGGGAGUACGACGCUAACAAAGUGCAGGGGCUAACUGUCUGCCUUGGAGUCCAAGUAGACGGCAAACCUCGCGUCACAACACAGAAAAAGACAAUAGAAAAACUGGAGCUCUUCUUCAGUGGUAAAUAG